AUGCGUACUAAAUUUAACGUCUUGCUGGGCACCUUGCUGGUGGUGGCCGCUACUAUUGCGGGUACCACCGCAGAAGACGACAACGACGCUUUGAAAAAUGAGUGGGAGGCGUUCAAGAAAGAACACGGGAAAAACUACGACGACGAUUCCGAGGAUGUUAAGAGGUUCAAGGCAUUCGUCGAAAAUAGACAGUUCAUACAAGAACACAACGAAAAGUUCAACAGCCAGCUUGUGUCACACAGCAUUGAGAUGAACCACUUUGGAGACUGGCAUGCCCAUGAAUUUCAUCAGUUGGCCGGCUGUGGAAACGUGAGCGAAAUGGAAGACGAUGGGUAUAGUGCAGAAUUUAAUAUCACGACAUUUAUUGGUGAAAGAACAGUGUUACCAGAGUAUGUCGAUUGGCGGGAGAGAGGCUACGUGACGCCUGUAAAAGACCAAGGUGCCUGUGGCACUUGCUGGGCAUUCGGUUCGACAGGAUCAAUUGAAGGACAGCAUUUUAGGAAGACCGGCCGACUCGUCUCUCUCAGCGAACAAAAUCUUUUCGACUGCAGUCCAAAAAAACAGGAGUUAUCUUGUCACAUCAGUUCAAGCCCGGUCACGUCUUUUAAAUAUGUGAUGGAAAAUGGUGGCAUCGACACAGAAGAGAGCUACCCGUAUGAAGCAAGGCGGGGUAAAUGCAGAUUCGAGAAGAAGAACGUCGGUGCCACCGUGACAGGCUACCAUAAACUUGAGAAGAACAACGAGAAAUUACUCGAGUGGGUCUUGGCGGUCGUUGGACCUAUCUCCGUGUUCAUCAACCCGCACCACAUGCACUUCAAGUUCUACAAAGACGUGAAAUACCGGGGCGUCCCGCUUGAGGGCUGGGGCCACAAAUGGGGAGACCAUGGUUACUUCAGGCUAAUUCGAGGCAAAAACAUGUGUGGCGUAGCUGAAAGUCCAUCGUUUCCUAUUGUUUAG